AUGGUCAGCGGCUUCUUCCACGAAUACAUGGUCUCGCAGCCAAUGCAAGACAACCUUGUCUACGUGAUUGAUGGUGGUCAAAGCUUAACAAGCCAACGGAGAGAACGGCACCUCUCCGUACAGCACGACAAGCUCACGCAACUUCAUAUGGGGAUGAUUGAUUUCUCCCUUCUACGGUCUUUGACCGUGUUUGUGGAAUGGGACUCACGCCUUGUCCCUUGCAAGAUGGUGCUACUUCAGGUGCUUGAUCUGGAGGAUGCCGUGGAGUUAACGGACGACGAGCUCUCUUCGAUUAAGUGGAAGUGGCUACCUCGCCUCAAGUUCCUAUCCCUACGAGGAUGCCAACUCGUCUCGUGUCUGCCAAGCUCAUUGUUUGGACUGGAGCAUCUCGAGACUCUGGAUGUCAAAGGGACCAGCAUAGCCGAGCUCCCAAGGGGUAUCAACAAGCUACAGAAGCUUCAAUGUUUGCGUGUUGGCCGCGCCAUACCAUUGGAUGACGGCCAAGGCAUCAGCACGGAGCGCUCUUAUAAUUAUGGUGUUGUGGUGCCUCUCGGGAUAGUAGGAAAACUAAAAGACUUGCACACUAUUGGAGUUGUCAAUGUGGGUGCUGCCGGUGGAAAGGCUGUCCUGAAGAACCUUCGAGACUACACCGGGCUACGCAAGCUUGGAGUCUCCGGCAUCAACCCGGGAAACAUGAGGUGGUUGUCCUUACCGGAUGGAAAGUUAAGCUCCUUGUCAGUGCGAUUCGAGGGAGAUAUCGAAGAUUAUUCUGGUCUGCUGCAUGAUGUUCGUUAUAACGACCAUCUAAGCAGCCUGAAGCUUUACGGCCCUAUGCGCAAGUUCCCGGCUGAAUGUAUCAAGAAGUUUGAAAAUCUGAGAAAAUUGACCCUAGAGAUGUGCAUGCUAGCGGCAAAAGACAUGAAGGUGAUCAGACAUCUACAUGAACUAUCUGUCCUGCGCCUUUUCUUCAAUCAAUUUCAGGGUGACAAGCUCAAUUUCAAGCUGAUGAGUCCUCUGAAGGUCCUGGAGGUUGCAUGCAAGUCACGCUUGCACGUGACGUUCAAAAAAGGGUGGAUGGACGAACUUGAGGUGCUCAAGGUUGACUGCUCUAGUGGGACACAAAUCUCUGAUUUGGAAAAUCUCUCAAGUAUCAACCAAGUCUGCCUCAGGGGUUCCUUUGAUGAGAUACUGGAGGAAGAGGUGAGGCGCCAGAUUGGUAAUCUCCCGGGGGCUCCUGCUUUGACAGUGGAAUGGACACCGAUCGAGUAG